CCAGAAUUCCUAUCGGUAUAGUCCUUGCCUCAUUUAUUUUUGGGAGGACUGUAUCAUAUGAGAGCGGUAUUUGGAAAAAAAUCAUGAUUAUAUUUAUACUUUUUAAUUAAUUAAAAAAGUGGGACCCGAGGACAGGCGUGAGAAGUGAAAAUGACGACAGGGGCAGAUGUUCGAGAUAUCCUGGAGCUGGGGGGUGGGGAAGUGGAUGCUGGACCAAUCAGUAAAAAAGACAUUAUCAACUCGGAUAAGAAAAAGUCCAAGAAAUCUGCAGAAACUUUGACAUUUAAAAGACCAGAGGGGAUGCACAGAGAGGUCUACGCACUGCUCUACUCUGACAAAAAAGAUGCCCCCCCAUUACUGCCCAGUGACACGACUCAGGGUUAUCGGACAGUCAAAGCCAAGCUGGGCUGUAAGAAGGUGCGCCCCUGGAAAUGGAUGCCUUUCACAAACCCGGCCAGGAGGGACGGAGCCAUAUUUUACCACUGGAGGCGCAUAGCAGAGGAAGGCAAGGAUUAUCCCUUUGCCAGGUUUAAUAAGACAGUGCAGGUGCCUGUGUACUCUGAGCAGGAGUAUCAGAUGUACCUUCCUGAUGAAGGAUGGACUAAAGCUGAAACAGAUCACCUCUUUGACCUCUGCAAGCGCUUUGAUCUGCGGUUCAUUGUCAUCCAUGACCGCUAUGACCACCAGCAGUUCAGGAAACGCUCAGUUGAAGACCUGAAGGAACGCUACUACAAUAUCUGUGCCAAACUCACCAAGAUCCGUGCUUCUUCUGGAACUGACCCCAAAAUCUAUGUGUUUGACUCUGGCCAUGAGAGGCGGAGGAAAGAUCAGCUGGAAAGACUGUACAACCGAACACCUGAACAGGUAACAGAAGAGGAGUACCUGAUACAGGAGUUGCGGAAGAUUGAAACCAGGAAGAAGGAGAGGGAGAAGAAAGCUCAGGAUCUGCAGAAACUCAUCACAGCCGCUGACACCACCACUGAGAUGCGUCGGGCAGAACGCAAAGCAACUAAGAAGAAACUACCACAAAAACGAGAAACUGAAAAACCGUCUGUUCCUGAGACCGCAGGCAUCAAAUUCCCAGACUUCAAAUCAGCAGGUGUCACUUUGCGAAGCCAAAGGAUGAAACUGCCAAGCUCUGUGGGACAGAAGAAGAUUAAAGCCAUUGAGCAGAUUCUAACAGAACAGGGAGUCGAUCUGAACCCGAUGCCAACAGAGGAGAUUGUGCAGAUGUUCAACGAGCUGCGCAGCGACCUGGUGCUGGUUUACGAGCUGAAGCAGGCCCACGGCAACUGCGAGUACGAGCAACAGAUGCUGAGGCACCGCUACGAUGCGCUGGUCAAGGCGGGCGGGGCCAGCACAGCCACAGGGGAUAGCCUUGGGGCUGAUGGACAGCUCGGGGUGGGGCCUGAUGACAUCAAGGGGGAGGGGAAAGAUCAAAUAAUCGAUGUGGUGGGGGCGCCGCUGACGCCAAAUUCGCGGAAAAGAAGAGAAUCAGCUUCCAGUUCCUCCUCCACAAAGAAAGCCAAGAAACUGUGAUUCAGAUUUUUAUUUGGGGAGGAGCAGGAGGAUCCAGGGGCAGGUUGUGGCUGAAGCAUUGAAACCCGUGACCCCCAGCCUUCUUGCAGCUGUGUCGGGGCAUCCCAUCCACAAAGAGGGCAAGGUGAGGAACACAGUGAUACGCCGCUGGGGAGCCAGCUGCUGCACCACCCGUCUGCCUGCUUCCAGCCUGAGAGGAGGAGCCGACUAGGACUCGUGACUGUACAGAAACGGACACUGUCUGCACUUCCUAAAUCGAUCAAACCAGGAGAGCAGUGGCCAAGAGACUUAGAAGCCAGAUGUGCACUGACUGACACAGCUGUCUAUUCUUUUUCCAUUCACACAAGGUUCUGGAUGAACUGUAGCCAUAAUGGAAGCCUAUAACAACAUCCUUUUUUUCUUUUUUAAAAUGGCAAAUAGGGUAAAUAACUAAAUGGUCAAGUUUGCAGGUGAUACAGAUAUUUGUAGCUAUUUAUUUGGGCACACCUUCUAUUACAGCAUUCCGCAUACCCUCCUGGAGCAGCUACGGGUUUACCGUACUCUGCUGGUUCUAGAUUUAGGAUAGUAUUUUUAUGAUGUACAUUAUUCAACCAUAAACUAGUUCACAACUAUUGUUGAGCCCAGGAUGUGACUCUCAGUCUGCAAGUGCAUGGUUUAUGUAGGAUUCAGUCUGUUCCCUUAUGUCCAGACAAAACUACCUCCUGUUAAAUAAUCUACACAUUUACUUGUUUUUUUUUGCACCCCUUCCCCUCCUUGCAUAUUAACAUGUCCAUUCUUUAUCCAGCUCUGUUGUUGGAGGAACUGUCAUGUGAAUGGAUUUUUAAUCUGCUGUUAAUGUGUGUGUGUGUGUGUGUGUGUGUCUAUAUAUAUAUAUAUAUAUAUAUAUAUUAUGUAUAUAUCUCUCAAAUCUCUAAAUAAAUAAAUGUGUGUGGCUGUAUGUUGUUUUUAUUUAAAAUUACUGGAAUUUGAAUCAACAUUAUCUUUCUUACUGGAGUUUUUUUUGAGUUAGUAAAUAUAGGUUUAUACAUGAGAGGGCACUAAGAACUUGCGGAAUCUGUUUAAUUCAAGAUACUGUUUUUCCAGAGACAGGAAAUAACUAACUGGAAUGGCUUUUGUACAUAAUGUCCCAACAAACAUAUUGCUUCCCUAUGUUCAGAGAGUAGAUUGUGACCAAUCUGGAAUUUGCUAUACUCAAUGACAAAAGCCUGGUGUACACUUUAGUUCGUUCUGUAAGUCUGUAGAACAAUACAUUUAUAGAAGGCAAAAGAAAAUAUUGUAUAUUACGUGUGUUGAACUCUUAUGGUUUCCUGUACAGUAGCCUUGUGUGAAGUCUGAUCUUCAGUGGUGUGCUGAAAAUAGUUUGGCACCCUAGAGGAGGUAUGUGCUAUGCAGAAAUACAAUUCAGCCUUAAUGUUUACUUUUGUACCUCAGUGAUUUUUUUGUGUGUGUACAUUUCCCUUCAAAAAAAAUAAAAAAGAGAAUGAUGUACUAGCAAGUACAGAAAACUAA